AUACCGCCUUCCAAAAAGACCGCCCAUGUGGGAAAAACUGGGGGUCAAGUGUCAACACGGAGCUCUCUCUCUCUCUCUCUCUCGCUGUAACAAAUAGACCCGAGCUUCCCACCUAAGAAAACCCACCGUACAGGUUGGAGUCUGCGAACGCCGUAGACUCGAUAAAACCCGUUUCCGUCUGCCACGGGCCAACGACAUUCAGCCCCCACCAACACCAAAAACUCCACUCUCUCUCUCAUGCGCGUGCGCUCAAAUUGCUGAAAUCUAGGGCUCGAAUCGUCCCGGUUUGACCUCCGAAACCAUGAAUAUCUUCAGGUUCUCCGGCGAUAUGAUGCACUUGAUUAGCAUCCUGGUCCUGCUUCUCAAAAUCUACGCAACCAAGUCUUGUUCAGCUAGUUGAAUGGGGUUAGUUGCAGUGACAUCAUAUACGGCUCAGAAUAACGGAAGACCUUUAAGAAUGAAUAAAUACGCAUAAUUGUGAUUAAGCUUGAAAAUUUGGUGUACCAUAUCAGGGAUUUCGCUCAAGACUCAGGAGCUUUAUGCUCUGGUGUUUCUGACGCGGUAUUUGGAUCUGUUCACGGGCUUUAUCUCUGUCUAUAACACGGUGAUGAAGCUUGUGUUCAUUGCAAGCUCUGCGGCGAUCGUGUGGUGCAUGCAGAGGCACCGGGUGGUGAGGCGCUCGUAUGAUAAAGAGCUCGACACAUUUCGCCAUUAUUUUCUCAUUGCUGCAAGCUUUGCUUUGGCGCUUCUUGUGAACGAGAAGUUUACGUUUCAAGAGAUCUUCUGGGCAUUUUCAAUAUACUUGGAGGCAGUUGCAAUUCUUCCUCAGUUAGUUUUGCUUCAGCGUAGCGGAAAUGUGGACAAUUUAACGGGGCAAUAUGUUUUCUUUCUUGGGGCAUAUCGUGCAUUCUACAUCCUUAACUGGAUAUAUCGCUACUUCAAAGAGCCUCAUUUUAGUCGAUGGAUAGCUUGCAUCUCCGGACUUGUUCAGACAGCUUUAUAUGCAGAUUUCUUUUACUAUUACUAUAUUAGCUGGAAAAGCAAUACAAAGCUUAAGUUGCCUGCCUAAGCCAAGCAUGGUGUUUUGGGAAUUUGAAGUUGGUUUUCCUGAAUCACUGUUAGUGUUCAUACAUUAAUCACAUCAUUGUUGGCGGAAGAAGGGAUGCAGGUUUCUUAGUUUAAUUAAGUCGAUAAACCCAAGCAGGUGGGUGAAAAUACCCAUGUUGUAGGCAAUUGUAGAGCAGAUAAACUAACUCCAUGGUUUUUAGGUGGUGAUAGUCUUAAGUAUCUUUUCUUGCCACUGAUUUUGACCUGUAAAGAUUUACUGGGAGGACACAAAGUGCAGACUUGGCUAAUAGCAGACGUGGAUGUUUGGUGGACAUAUGGUUAAAUCUGUAUUUGUUUAUUUAUUGUAAUUGUUUGUUUUUGGCCAGAUACAGUUAAUUAAAUCUAAAGUGUUUACUGCUACCAAGAAUUAGAGAAA